AUGGUGCUCAACGGAGAGAAAAUCUCAUUAGAAUUAUUGUUUCUCACGAAAGAUGCAGAUGAGAAUGUUACAGAUGAGAAUGUUACAGAUGAGAAUGUUACAGGUGACAGUGUUACAAGUGAGAGUGUUACAGGUGAGAAUGUUAAAGGUGAGAAUAUUACAGAUGAGAAUAUUACAGAUGAGAAUGUUACAGAUGAGAAUGUUACAGAUGAUAAUGUUACAGAUGAGAAUGUUACAGGUCAGAGUAUUACAGAUGAAAAUGUUACAGAUGAGAGUAUUACAGAUGAGAAUGUUACAGGUGAGAAUGUUAGAGAUGAGAAUGUUACAGAUGAGAAUGUUACAGAUGAGAAUGUUACAGAUGAGAAUGUUACAGAUGAGAAUGUUACAGAUGAGAAUGUUACAGGUGAGAAUGUUACAGAUGAGAAUGUUACAGAUGAGAAUGUUACAGAUGAGAAUGUUACAGAUGAGAAUGAUACAGGUGAGACUGUUACAGAUGAGAAUGUUACAGGUGAGAAUGUUACAGGUGAUAAUGUUACAGAUGAGAAUGUUACAGAUGAGAAUGUUACAAGUGAGACUGUUGCAGAUGAGAAUGUUUCUGAUGAGAAUGUUAAUGGUGAGAAUGUUACAUAUGAGAAUGUUACAGGUGAGAAUGUUGCAGAUGAGAAUGUUUCUGAUGAGAAUGUUACAGAUGAGAAUGUUACAGGUGAAAAUGUUAGAGAUGAGAAUGUUACAAUUGAGAAUGUUGCAGAUAAGAAUGUUACAGGUGAGAAUGUUGCAGAUGAGAAUGUUACAGGUGAGAAUGUUACAGGUGAGAAUGUUACAUGUGAGAAUGUUGCAGAUGAGAAUGUUACAGGUGAGAAUGUUACAGGUGAGAAUGUUACAUGUGAGAAUGUUGCAGGUGAGAAUGUUGCAGGUGAGAAUGUUACAUGUGAGAAUGUUACAGGUGAGAAUGUUGCAGGUGAGAAUGUUACAGGUGAGAAUGUUGCAGGUGAGAAUGUUGCAGGUGAGAAUGUUGCAGAUGAGAAUGUUACAGGUGAGAAUGUUACAGGUGAGAAUGUUACAUGUGAGAAUGUUGCAGGUGAGAAUGUUACAGAUGAGAAUAUUGUAGGUGAGAAUGUUACAGGUAAGAAUGUUACAGAUGAGUAUGUUACAGGAGAGAAUAAUACAUAUGAGAAUGUUAUAUAUGAGAAUGUUGAAAGUGAUAAUGUUAGAUGUGAGAAUGUUACAGAUGAGAAUCUUACAUGUGAAAAUGUUAAAGAUGAGAAUGUUACAGAUGAGAAUAUUUCAGAUGAGAAUGUUACAUGUGAGAAUGUUACAGAUGAAGGGGCUGCCCUUCGCGAGAGCAAAAUCAUAAUAGGCUUAUAA